AUGAAAUAUGUUGCAACUUCGUGUAAUCAACAUGAUAAUGUUAUCCUUUCCCGUGACAUGGUUAAAUAUGAUCAAUCUGUUUGCAUGUGGGAGUUCGUGGAAGGAGAAAAAGGAGAGCCCAAAUUAAAAAAGGUAUUCAUAAAAGGGAAUUCCGAUAAUUCACUUGACCUUAAAAAUCUAAUUUCAAAAUGGAGACUAGCAAAAGUCUCAGAUUGCAAACAUAUUCUCUUAAGGAUUGAUAGAGAUACACCUUACGACUUUGAAAUAAUUGAUAUUAAAACCAAGUCCAAGAAAAUAUUGAAUGCUCAAGGUUUAAAAGGAAGAACUUGUGAUGCUACAUUUCUUAAAGAUGGAAGAUUGAUGAUCGUUAAAGGGGAACCUGUUUAUCAGGUCUACAUAUUCUCCAAUAAAGAAAAUCAGUGGCAUCACACAAAUAGCAUUAAACUUUUAAAGUUUGAUAGUUGCGUUAUUUCUCAGGAAAGAUUGUUGGUUCUCUUGGAUAUACCUUUGGUGAUCAUGCAAUGGAAUUUGGAAACACUGAAGUUUGAGGCAAAAUACGAAUUGAAUUGGAAUUUGUCUUGGUAUUCGUCUUGGAAAAGGAUCUUGUAUGAUAAAUUUAUUAUUCCUGGUCAUAUGAAUGAGCGUGAUUCCAUUAUUCCUGGUUAUAUUAUACAAUUUAAUGAAGAUUGUUUGGAAAAGAUCGAAAGCUUGUCUCAAAAUAUAGAAUGGGUCAAAUACUUAAAAGAGAAAUCUGGAGAAUAUAAUAGAAUUGAUUCACAUUCUUGUGAAAAAGAAAUAAUAGAAACAAUAGAAAACACUUUAAAAAAAGCAUAUGAAUCAAAGGAAGAUAUGACUCAAGAUUUCGACACUUUAAAGACAUAUGAAUCAAAUGAAGAGAUACGUCCCUGGGAAGUUAAAUAUUACGAAGCAUCCAUCGAUGAACUCACAAGGUACGUUAAGAAAGUGGAAAAUGAGAUAUAUGAAGAAGUAUCACGACCACAUCUGUCUGAUGCUAUUAAAAAAAUUGUUCAAUAUGAAAAAAAUGUUGAUAAAAAGAUUAGCGACUUGGAUAAAAAAUUUGAUGAGUUGGAUAAAAAAUUUGAUGAGUUAGAUGAAAAAUUAGAAAAAUUAGAAAAAAUUGAUGA